AUGGCCAUAUCAUCCGAUGGCACUAAGUUGGCUGUGACGGCUGCUCUUCUGGACACUGUGUCUCAAUGCUGUCCAAUCCUGGACGUCGUGCUCAGCAUCAAGGAUUGUGCGGGCGCUAUCAGGGUGCUCGACUGGAUAGCUGAGACGGUCCCCCGUGUGUACUCUCCAACCGGCUGUUCAGGAAUAGAGGCUCUGGCACGCGUAAUGGUAUCAGCUUACAGGAACCAGAAAGAUCCCGAGGGGCAAUGGAAAGAGGACACUAUGGAGAGAGGGUUCUGUGAGAUGCUUCAUGGGCUGAUUGAAGGUGGCGUAGGAGGGCUUGUCGACAUGUGGAACGAGGGACUCGACGUUCUGCCUACCUGGUUAAGAUCAUAUCCAUGGCCUUCAGGCUGGGUUGUCAACUACGAUGGUGUAUUCAAAGCUUAUGCCAGGAUCAGAGCAAACCAUCCAGACGCUCCCUGGCCACCGAGCAAUCUUGUGGCUUCAAAAAAGAAGGAAGUCGUCGAUGAAGCAAGAGAAACCCACCCUGACACACUGACAGGAGUCUCCAUGACCAAUAUAGCUGGACAAGAAAGUCCCCACUCUGGUAAACGAACUGGUUCAGUGCAAGACACCGGCGAUGCUGCGAACACUCGUGACUCUCCCCAUGAAUCGGACUGGGCAUUAGAUGUGCUAAAUCGCAAUUCCGGAAUAGGAUUACAGAGCCUAUUCGUUACCAAAGAUGGUUAUCUUGGCAUCGGUCCAAAUUGGCUGAGGAGCGGCGACGGGGUCUUCUUAGUAGCAGACGCUAAAGCCCCAUACAUACUCGCCCAGGUGGACGAUGUCUUGCGAAGACAGGCGCGCGAGAUACGUGAACAGCUUGACACGGGCAUGAGCAGAUCUGUGAAGCUGACAAGGAAACAACGCAAGAGCUUGCGGAAACAGCUGCUUGAAAUUGAGGGCAGGCUCGGAGGAGAGAACGCAUGGCAGCUGAUUGGAGAAGCGUAUGUGGAAGGUGUAAUGAAUGGCGAGGCUGCUGGACUCGCGGAAGCUAGGGCACAAAGGUACAACAUUGCGUAG